AUGAAAGUGGGCAUUGUGAUGGUGAAAGAAGGAGAAGACAUCGUUGAUGUAUCAGUCAUCCUUGAGGAGGCGGUAGUCCUGUGUGGUCUGAAGGACAUCCCAGACGCUGUUGCUAUGCUGAUGGGCCUUCUUUAUGCCCUCAACAUUAACUAUCCAAAGGAACUGAAGUACACAUUUGAAGUGAUUCAGAAAGUCCUCAUGAACAUUGGUGGCGGACAGUGUUCCUCACUUGUGCAUGCUCUUUGUUGCCGUCUCCUGGUAAACCCUCAGAGAUGUGCCAUCAUCUCAGCUUCCAGAGCACAGGGGACCGCAGCGGCUGCCAGAUGGGAUGCAGAGAAGACUGAGCAGAAGUCCAAGCACGUAGGUGUCCAGUUCAACUGGCUUGAUGCUCUGGACCUUGAUGGCCAGUUGACAGAGGACGAGAUCAUGAUCCGAGACUCCUUCCGGACCUACUGCCAAGAGAAACUCAUGCCUCGCAUUGUUAUGGCAAACAGAAAUGAAGUGUUUCACAGAGAAAUUGUCUCAGAGAUGGGCGAGAUGGGUGUCCUUGGCCCUACCAUUAAAGGUUAUGGCUGUGCUGGGACAAGCUAUGUGGCUUAUGGUUUGAUUGCCAGAGAAGUAGAGAGAGUGGACAGCGGCUAUCGGUCAGUCAUGAGUGUGCAGUCGUCGCUUGUCAUGCACCCCAUUAACGCCUACGGCACAGAGGAGCAGAAGCAGAAGUACCUCCCCAGGCUGGCUCGAGGAGAGAUCUUGGGUUGCUUUGGCUUGACAGAGCACCACGGCAGUGACCCUAGCAAUGAAACCAGAGCCAAGUUCAAUCCAUCCAGUCGCACGUACAGUCUCACUGGCUCAAAGACCUGGAUCACCAACUCCCCAGAGGCAGAUGUCGCUGUAGUCUGGGCCAAAUGUGAUGAUGGCAAAAUCCGAGGCUUCAUAUUGGAACGCGGCAUGAAAGGCCUCUCAACACCAAAGAUCGAGGGUAAAUUCUCCCUGAGAGCAUCCGCCACCGGUAUGAUCCUCAUGGACGAGGUUGAGGUCCCCGAAGAGAACCUGCUGCCUAAAGCCACUGGCCUGGGGGGUCCUUUUGGCUGUCUGAACAACGCCCGUUAUGGUAUUGCUUGGGGAGCUCUCGGUGCAGCAGAGUUCUGCUUCCACGCAGCCAGACAGUACACGCUCGACAGAAUCCAGUUUGGCGUGCCACUGGCAAGGAAUCAGCUGAUGCAGAAGAAGAUGGCUGACAUGCUGACAGAGAUCACUAUUGGCUAUCAGUCCUGUCUGCAGCUGGGAAGACUCAUUGAUGAGAAAAAAGCAUUCCCAGAGAUGAUUUCCAUGCUGAAAAGGAACAGCUGUGGCAAAGCCCUUGAUAUUGCCAGGCAGGCCAGAGACAUGCUGGGAGGAAACGGCAUCUCAGAUGAGUACCACAUCAUCCGCCAUGUCAUGAACCUGGAGGCCGUCAACACAUAUGAAGGCACUCAUGAUAUCCACGCCCUGAUCCUGGGCAGAGCCAUCACAGGCCUGCAGUCCUUCACUGUGGACAAAUAAAUCCUGCUCAACCAAAGGAAAGCUGCUGUUAGAAAUGCGCACGUCAACCCCGCAGUCCAUCAUAAUCAUAAAUUCUCAUCUGUAAAGUGAAAAGUCUUUUUCACCCAGGUCUGUAGGUCUGUACAUUGAAAACAAGUCAAAUGUGUGGACUGCUGUGAAGUGUAAGUAAUAUAUAAGUCGAUUUUUCAACUUCAAGAGGGCUAUUUUUCUACUCCUUAUCCCAACACCUGACUUCAUUUCAUAACCCUACUUCUUUGUUUUAUCAACAAAGUAAAAGUCAUACCAUAGACUUCUAUUACACUAACGUAGAGGCGUGUUAAGUUUUCUGAAUGAGGUCAAGAUCUAGAUUUUUUGCCAAUUACUUAUGUAUGCAGUGUCGGUACAUGCUGUAAUUAUGAAACGUCAAAGCAUUAAUAAACAUGUCUUGUUUGGAAUUGCCUGUGAUGUUUUAAUUUGAUCCUAUUAUACCAGCAUUGUAUAACUGGUAUUAUCUUACAUAAAUGACAAGCUCACAAGAUCAGUACAUUUUGUUGUGUAACCAUUGUGAUUACUUAUGGCACUUUACUGGCUGUGUAUCUGAGAUGUCUUUACUUUGCAUGGUUUGCCAGAGGUCGAGGAUCUCAAUGGAAACUUAAAUAAAAGCUAUUCUAAUAUUCAAA